CUACCACCAUCCCCUUCUAUCGCCACCACUUCCUAUUACUAUUUUAUUCUAAUUUUAUGUUUUUAUCUAUAUAUUAUUUUUAAAACACCAAAAACCAAAACCUCGUUUCUGUCUUAAUUCUCUCUCUCUCUCUCUCUCUAAACAAAAAAACAUCAGAGCAUGGAAGAAAGACAACAAGAACAACAACGCCAGGUCAUCACUGUCGGAACUCUCAACUCUCUCCUCCGAUCGGAGAACGAUGACGACGACGGAGCAUGCGUCUAUUCAAGGGCGGUGCUGGUGGUCGACAUGGUCUGGAACCUCGCUUUUGUGGUGGUUGCCGCCGCCGUCAUCCUCUCCACUUUCAACGAGCGUCCUUCCACUCCUCUCAGACUUUGGCUCUGUGGCUAUGCCUUUGAGUGUCUUCUUCAUGUUGCUUUUGUUUUCUCUGAAUUUCGUGUCACUACUCGUGAUUCCUUCUCUCACACUCCUUACAGCAUUGCGAAAAAGUUAGAGCCUAUGAACACAUUGGCAUCAUCUGUUUGGUGGGUUUUUGGAUUUUAUUGGAUUGUUGUCGGUGGCCAACCACUUCUUGAAGAUUCUCCUCGUCUCUACUGGUUAACAGUCGUCUUUCUAGCAUUUGACGUAUUUUUUAUUAUCUUUUGUAUUGGGAUGGCAUGUAUAGUUUUCUUCGCUCUCUUCUGCAUCAUCCCAAUAAUAGCGUUAGCUUAUGCUUUAAGAAUCAGAGAAGGUGCUUCGGAAGAUGAUAUCAGCUCACUUCCUAUGUAUAGGUUUAGUCAGUCAAAUGUAAUGGUUAUGGUUGAUGACAACAAGAAGCAACAUGUUAAAGCAAAAAUCGGUUCAUACAAUCCAAGCCAUAUCAGUGAACUAUCUCUUCAUCCAGAUGAUUCUGAAUGUUGUAUCUGCCUGUGUCCAUAUGUUGAUGGAACAGAACUGUAUCGCCUUCCAUGUACCCACCAUUUUCAUUGUGCAUGCAUCAGCCGUUGGCUUCGGACAAAAGCAACUUGUCCGCUCUGCAAAUAUAAUAUCCGAAGAGCCGAUACAUUGGUCUAAUAUUUUGUUGAUAAAGACUAGAUGGCACUCAAAUGAAGUGUAUCACUUGAAAGGGACAUGAGAAUAGAGAACCAAAACAUUUGGUAAUCUGCUGACUAGUGUUGAUAUAAGUAGAAAAGAAAAAGGAAAUGUCCCACUCUUUCAUCCUUGGAUUUUAGUUUCUAUAAAAGGUAAUUUAACUUUUGAAUAUUCUAAAGUUAGUUUAUGAUGAUGGGGUAUAUGUAUAUAUUGUAGGCCAGUCGUGAGGGCCUCCCCCUUAAUUUGUAUUAUAAGGCAAUUAAAGAAAAUUUUCUGUACAGUAAUGUUUUUUUCUUUUCUUGA